UGCAAUGCACAAUCAAAUGUCCACUUCCGUCUGGCAUGAACUGGAAAGCGACCCAGGUGUAUUCACGCUCCUCAUGGAGCGCAUGGGCGUGCAGGGAGUCCAGGUUGACGAAAUUUAUGAUAUCGACGGGGAGUUUCCCAACGGUAUAGUGUAUGGGUUCAUCUUCCUUUUUCGUUGGUCUCCCUCGGGUCAGACAAGAACGUCAAGACGUCAAGCCUACCACUUCAACUAUGUGAAGGAUGCAAGCGAAUUAGAUAAUGUAUACUUUGCUCACCAAGUGAAAGAAAAUUCCUGUGCCAGUCAUGCGUUGCUCAGCAUAAUUAUGAACUGCAUGUCAAAAAUGGAGGUCGGAGAUCUUCUGGCUCAAAUUCAUCAAGAGACGAAAGACCUCUCUCACUAUCAGAGGGGCGUGUACUUUGGCCAACAUGCGAAAUUAGAGCAAUACCACAACUCCUUCGCAAAUAAAAAUAUCUCGACUCCUGAACAGAGGUUACAGAAUAAAAUGGGCAGUAGUAGUAGUUUGUAUGCGAGUGAGCUGGAGGCAGUGUCGACAGCAACAACUGUGGAUCAGUUCCACUACAUAUCUUUCGUUCCAAUAAACAAUAGACUGUAUGAGUUGGAUGGUCUAAAACCCCACCCGAUUAAUCACGGCGGGUGGAGGGAAGACAGAGGGGAAACAUGGGUGGAUAGAUUCAGACAAGUCAUCAGGGACCGAGUGUUGACUUUCGACUCAGAAGUGUGCUUCAACCUGCUCAGUGUAAUACCUGAUAAACGAAGACAGCUCAGGUCCAAGAUACAAUACUUAGAGGCUAACAAAGAAAACAUGAUGGAAAUCACGCGACAGCUGGUCAAAAAAUUUCAUCCCUCGAUGUGCAAUGCAGACGACUCGAGAGUCCUCGGUCAAUUGAGAACGAUGUCUCCCAAUUCAGGAACCCUCAUGCAGAGAGGUUUCUUUGACCUCCAGAAAAAGAUUACCUGGUUCAAAACGUAUCCUGAUUUUUUAGCGUCUCCAUUGAUUUCGAACCAGGAGAAACAGCUUUACUUUGAGAUCAAGUCCAACUUGGAGUCUCCCCAAUCUGAAAUUUCUGAUGCUUCUGAGACUGUAAAAUCAUCAGGCGCUGAUCAUUCGGGAACCAACAUUUUUGUCAAGAUCGAGCAGGCUUCAGACCACAGCAGAACUACAACGCCAACUAAUAUUUCAUCAAGUGAGUCCAAUGCUAAUCAAUCGAAAUCAGAUGCAUCUGAUAUCAGUCCAUCGGAUCUGAGCGACAACCUACCUUUGAGUAGUCUCCAGAAAGAGGUGAAGAGAGAAAUGCGAAGUAAUAGUCCCUUAGUAGUCGAACCAGAAUCUACUUCAACCUUAGCCAAUAUAGCAGCUCUGAAUAUUCAAAAUUCAUGUAAAAUGGAGCAAUUAUUCGUUGAUACCCAAUCUGAAAACAACACAUCUGAUAGCAAUAAGGACGGAUCUGGGCACUUUUUCUUAGCUGCGCCUAGAAUUCACCAGCUUAUGGAGUUAAUUGACAAAGAAAUUGAAACUUGUAGAUCUAAUUUGAAAGAAGAAAUGGCAAAACGCCAAAAAUAUGUGGUCGAUCAGAAGCGGCGAAGUCAUAAUUACCAAGAUUUCAUUUUGAAAUAUUUCGCAUAUGCUUUAAAAUACGGGCUUUUUGACGUUGAAAAAACAACUGGAUCUUAUACUAUAAAACAAAGAAGUUCUGACGAAAGUAGCGAUUCUUCAAUGGCAAAAACUGAUUUAAAUUCUUCUAAAGAUAAAAAUAGUGAUCAAUGUAAAUCACUUAGUGGUCAGUCGUCAAAUUCAAAUCAUUUGCAAAACGGAACUGCAAGUAACGGUUCAAAUCAUAAUUCAUCGACUAGUUCAGGAACGAAACCUCCGUCUAAAACAAGCGCUUUAUCAAUAAUUACUUCGAGUGAUAGUUCAACUGUGUCUACGAAUAGUUCACUAGCUUCUUCCAAUUCAGCGACAGUUAGAGCAGCUUCUAGUCCGGUGUUUUCAGAAAGCAGGAGAAAAAGCAAAGUACCUAAAAGAAGAUAGAACUGCGCGUCAAAAUUGUAAACUUAACUAUUACUAUUUUGAUUGAAUAUAUGUAUAUUGUGUUAAUUUCUAUAUAGAGUUUAUUUUAAUAAUUUUUAUUGGUUUGUAGCCAAUUUUUUUGUCCAAAUUGUCCAAAUGUCUUAUAAUUGACAGUUCUCUGAU